GUUCGUACUAGUAAGCGCUCGGCUGUAAGUUAACGAACGCUCAGUUACUUACUGUCUGACAUUUUUUUGGAGAUGUAAAACAUCGAGAAAUUGUCGGAUAAUGGUCUACUCAUAGCGAUAAUAAAGCCUAUAUCUGUCGGCUACGAGGUGAUUGAAUUCCAGAAGGUAAAUAUCCAGGGUGAGGAUAUUUUAUAAGGAUGUCUUCAACUCCCACCAUUUCUCCUGUCCUGUUUCUGGACUGUAAAGGAGAGCAGAUGCGAUUCUACAUUCGGCCGGGUCCAGCAAAAGCCCAACUUCAUGACAUGAUUACUGCUGGGGGUGGGUGUCUAACCCGUCUGCGAGAACCUGGUGCCAUUCUGCUUGCAGAUCCGAAGGAGAUGAAGGGCAUCACCAGCAACAGUGGAGAACUUUAUAUCUCUACCCAGUACAUUUGGGACUGUGUGAAGAAGAACCAGCAAUUGGAUGAAAUGAAUUACAGGCUGAGCACCACACAAAACAUGCAGACGAGAUCAUUGCGAUCUAAAGAAGGAGCGGUUGGGCGAAUGGGUUACACAACAGAUGAGGACGAGGCAAUUUUGAACUACAUAUCAAAGCGUCUGAAAGAGGCACGAGGCAACAGUGUAUGGCAGCUUAUGGAAAAGCAGAAGAUUACAUCCCACAGCUGGCAGUCUAUGAAAGACCGUUAUCUCAAACACUUGAUGAAUAGGCCACCAAAGGCCAAGAUAGGGCAACUGAAGUUUGUGUCCACGCCUGAGCCUUACAAAGAUACUACACAGCAAGUGCUAUUGGAUAAUGACAUCCCUGUUAAUGAGCCUGCCACCUUGUCUGGAGCUGAUUCGGCUGUAGUUCAAGAGGUAGCCGUAGAUGAUCCUCCAGAAGAAAGGCCUGAAUGUCCCGCAGAAGAGGCUCUAGAUGGAGAUGGAAUAGCAACUCUUACUACUGGACAACAGACAUCGGGAGAAUGCCGUGAGGGAGACAUGGAAGCAGUGCUUGAUGAUGAACACAGAGAACCCUCUACUAAGAGGUCCAGACCUGAUGCAGAUGAAAGGGGUGGAAAUCAAGGGAUGAGUGGUCCUGGGAAUGAGUUGACCCCUAACAAAGGAGGUUUGCAAUCAUCAAAAACAUCGACACCAACCAAAAGAGGACUGGGUAUUCUUGACAGGGCAGUGAGGGAAUUUCGUAAUUCACUUUGGAAUGAAGAUAACGGUCAGCCUCAGAUUACUGCCUCUAACCUUUCACAGUCAGACAGUGAAACUGAGAUAUUUCAUGAGGCUAUGGAACAAGUGACUGAUUCACCUCCACAACAGAAGAAAAGUAUGGAAUCGGAAUGUGAUAGUCAUAUGACUGCUGAGGCUGGGAAGAGCACGAAGACUUGUAAUGUAAAGCAAAGUUCCUGCAGGAGCCACCUGUUCCUGCUGGAGGGUGAGUCACAAGAGGAUGACUUUAGCCAGACCCCACAAGAGGAGGGCUGUGCUCCACACCCUGUGAAUUUGGAAGGAGAGAGGUUAGUCUUGGACUUGAUUAAGGAUUCCAGUAAUAACCUGCUUGACGUUGCUAAAGCACUGCUAAAGACUAGCGGUGACGUUACAUUAGCUCAGCACCACCUUCUGCAGGGGACAUUUCCUCUGCCAAUGUGGAGUCAGAGGGAGGACCAACUUCUGCUGUCAGCAGAUCCACUCUCCAAGUGUCAACUCGAGGAGAAGUACGGAAAGGAUGGUGUAUCUAUCCGAGUCUCUUUUCUAAAAGCAGAAUGACUUGAAUCUGUUUUAUUCAUGGCAAAUAUCAGUCAACUUUCAGUUAUUGCUAAGUUUGUGUAUUAUUUUGUCUUUAAAUGGUAUAUUGUACAGUGGAGUUUCAAACAAAUAAAAAACAUCUGAUAUUUUUGAUGGAAAAAA